AUGACUUCCUUUGAAAAUACUGUUGGAGAAACGAAAGAUAUGUUGAAACAAGUGUUGGAGGCUUCUAAAAGUCAGCCUAGUCAUCAGCAAAUCACCCAAGAGUUGUGGAAUUCUGUGCAACCAAUCUUAGCAGCUCAAAGGGAAUUGGCUGAACUUCAACAUAACUCACACAUGGAAUUGAUCAGAGUUAUGGUUGAGGCUAGGUACAAGGAUACUCAGGCAGAUAUAAGGGGUAUCAAAGAAUCCCUUGCAAAACCCACUGGCACCUCCUCUGCACCUAUCUUUGAAAACGAAGACCAAGAUGAUGCCAAAAAGGGGGAGAAAGAUUCCAUGAGAAAGCUAGAUGUUGACCCCAAAGCUAAACCAAAGGGUCAGCCAAAACAAAAGCUAGAGUCUGCCAAAGACACUUCUGCAAAAUCUUCUGAAAAAUCUUAUACUGGAAAGAAAAAGGGAAUUGAUGAGACCCUUAAUAAACAGACAGAUGAAGAGAUUUUGGCAAAGCAGAAGAGAAAAGACACAGCAGAAAGCAAGGCAGAUGUUUGGAAGCAGGAACAGGAGGAAAAGCUGAAAAGAGAAAAUAUUGGUACUUCUAAUAGAAGAAAAUCUUUUAGAAACAACAGACCACCAAUUGCCACAUUCCCUAAAACCACUGCUUCUUCUAAAAAGAAUCAAACCACUACCACAUCCAAACCCAAACCAUCACCUAAAAAACCUCCUCAAAAGAAGCAGAAAAUAGCUUCAUCACCACCACCAUCUUCCACAAAACCAACAGAUCUUGACGCUACAAAAGCAUCAGCAGAUGUUAGGCCAUCAAUUGUUGAGACACAAGUGGUUUCAACAACUGUUAGCCAAACCACUGGUCCCAUUCACUUUGAUCCUCCACCAUCAACACAACCACCACCAACACCCCAAAGAUUCCCUUCACAAUCAACCUUUUCACCUAAACCACCUUCUCCAUUAAAAACUCCUCCUCCUCCAAAAUAUGCCUAUGCAAGAAAAAGGAAAUUUGUUGUACUUGAAGAAGAAGAAGAAAAAUAA